GCGCUUUUAAAAUGUUUUCGAUCGGAAUUUAUAUAUUGUUCGCUUUUUUCGCAUGCAGUCUAGCUGAGACACAGGAAAAUUCCAGUUCAGUUUGCAUCCUAAAAGAUGCCCCAACUCAAUGUGGCGCAUUUUGUCUAGCUGCCCAGAUACCACUCUUCGAUCACAAUAACAAUGUUCAACAGCAGUUAAAUGACCUAGCUGUACUCCUUAAUGAAACUCAGAAGAAACUGGACAGGUUUGAGACAAAAUUGGAUAGCAAAAUGGAUGAAAUACGAGUGCCAAAAGUUUCGGAAACGGCAGUCAUCCCUUCAGGAUUUGAAAAGAUUGGAUCAAGAUAUUUUUAUAUUGCAAGAUUUGAAUUGAAAUGGAUUGAUGCCGUAAUGGCCUGUCGACUAAUAGGAGGCUAUCUCGCGGCCUUCCAAAACGAGGAAGAAUUUAUAGGCAUACAAAGAAAACUCGCAUAUCGGUGGUACUGGCUGGGUAUCAAUGAAAUCUUCGUAGAAGGCCAAUUUUUUUCUGUGGCCUCCGGCAAGCCAGCAACUAUUUUUAAAUGGGCUAAUGGAUAUCCUGACAAUGGUUAUGGCAAGGAGGACUGCAUAGCCAUGCAAAAUGACUAUAUGGAUGAUGGCUUGUGUGAUAAUAAACAUUAUUUUAUUUGCCAAUUAGACAAUAUAGUUUAGCUAAAACGGAAACUAUACAAAUAUAAAACUAAAAUCUUAAUAUCGCGAUAUUUCUAUUUUACUUCUACUUUCUUAAAAUGUUUCAGUUCA